CAGGAAGCGGGUGUUAAUCACGUUAAUCCAUGACAGCUGUCCCGGGUUAAACUGUGACGGACGUUUCCGGACCUGAUAAUCGAGCUGGGAGUAGAAGUGGGGUUUAUGGAUUGAGUCAUGAGGAAGUUUGGGGUUGAUAUUGGAGGGGCGGUCAGCAAUUGGAGGUCUAUGGAGUCUGAUGGGAAGUCUGUGGGAUGAGUGUUGGGUACAUGUAGAGGUCAGUAAUAAGGAGAGCUGUCUGAUCUGUGGGUCAGGGAUGGCAGGUCUGUGCGCUGUUGGAGUAUCCAUAUGACCAGUGAUUUGUGAACCUAUAUGGCUAGUCUUGUGUUGGGGGUUUGUUGGAAGUGCUCUUUGGGAUUUGUGAUUUCUGCCCCUGCUUGAUUCAGUGAUUUGUAGGAGUCAUUAAUUCAGCCAGUGGCUGAUAAAGGUCCGUCCUGGUUUAGUGAGAAAACUUUACAAUUUAUGUGAAGUCCGAGGUGGCCCCCACCUUGAAGCCCCUCCUCAGAUGUUUUCUCAAAUCACCAUCUCCCUCCAUCGCUCAAAAGCUCACAGAAGAAAACAUCCUUUGAAUGUAAGACCAAACAAAUCUAAAGCAAUAACAUUAUUAUUGUCGAUUCUCUCUAGCCAAAGACCUCCAGGAACACCCUGUAGUUGAACAGAUUGGGUUUAUCGCUCUAGCAUCUAGUUACACCAUGGGGAAAGCGGGGGCUUCUCAGAAAGAGCGUGUUAGAAAGAACUUACAGGAUUUGUGUUAGGUGAUUUCGAGGAGGGCCUAAGGGAGUGGACCUUGCUCUGAAUUGGAUGUUGUAAGGAAGUGGGGUAAUUCAUUGUUUGGGAAUUUCAGUACAUCUGGAGAGAGGAAAGACUAACCUAAAGUUAAAGCUGUAAUAGGUGAGGAAGUAGCAGUCACUCAUGUUAACCAGGAGAGAGGGUGUUUUGUGGAUUGGACAAUGUGGAUGUUUUGUCUGUGUUCAGACAUGACUUCAGAGAGGGCUUGUUUUUGUUUUAUUCCAUCUUGGUCACUGAGUGGCCUUGUCUGAUGUUGAUACUCUGUGUAAUUAUAUUAAAUAGGAGAGUUUGAGUGCCAGACCAGCUCUGAAAUGUGAGAGCUGCCUUUUCUUUUUCUUACAUGAGGUGUGAUUUCAGCCCUGUUUCUUCCUAUUUAUUGAAUUUGUUCUACAUUCUGUUCAGCAAACAUUUAUUAAACACCUGUUAUUUACUUGUUUCAGAGCUCAGUGUCCAGAGAGGAGCCUGACUAUUUGAUUGUUUCCUUCUAGGUUCAUUUUGACAAAGCCUGGGAUAACCCCAUAUGAAACAGUCUGCCUAUCAUGGGAGCACUCACUUCCUGUGAAUGAGUACAGCCUUCUCUGGAUGAUCCAUCCUGGGACUGAGAAGAAUUCACCAGAUGGUAAAUGGCCCCUGGAGACUUAGUCUGUCUCUCAGUCCUGAUUCUUCAGACCUCUGCUCUUUUGGAAGAGAAGCAGAAAAUGACCAAGUCUCACCUUUCACUAAGGAGGAGUGGCAGCAACUGGACCCUGCUCAGAGGACCCUGUAUAGAGAUGUGAUGCUGGAGAACUUCAGCCACGUGAUCUCAUUGGGGCAUCCAGUUUCCAAACCAGAUGUCAUCUCCAAGUUGGAACAAGGAGAAGAGCCAUGGAUAAUAAAGAGAGAUGUAUCAGAUUGGAUCUAUCCAGAGAGGGAGACUAGACUUGACAACCCUCAAUUGGAUAUACCUGGAGAUGUUUCCUUCCAUAAGGAGGUAUUGGAAAGUGUAACAAGGGAUCCUUCACUAUACUCCAUUUUUAAGGUCUGGCAGGGUGAUGACCAGAUGGAGAGACAUCAGGAAAAUAAAGACAGACUUCUCAGGCAAUUCAUGGUCAUCAAAAACAAAACAGUUGUUGAAGAAUCAGGUUAUACAUAUAAGUCAUCAGGAAAAAUAUUUCAUGACUGCAUAGACCUAGAUGCUUCAGGACAAAGAUUGUAUGAAUGUGACUCAUUUGAAAAGAGCUUGAUACCUAAUAUAAACUUACUCAGUUGUAAUAGGGGUUAUGCAAGAAAAAACACUGUUGAGAAUUUUAGAUGUAGGAGUAUACCUAUUUCUUCCUAUUCUAAGCAUGAAAACAUUCAUAAUGGAGUGAAACACUGUGAAGAUAGUCAAUGUGGAAAGAGUAUCAGCAAUAAACAGUCUCUUUUUCAAUAUGUGAAUGUUGAAACUGGAGAGAAGACCUGUAUAUGCAUUGAAUGUGGAAAAUCUUUUCUAAAAAAGUCACAACUCAUUAUACAUCAAAGAAUUCAUACUGGAGAGAAACCAUAUGAUUGUGGUGCAUGUGGGAAAGCCUUCAGUGAAAAGUCACAUCUCAUUGUACAUCAGAGAACUCAUACUGGGGAAAAACCUUAUGAGUGUUCUGAAUGUGGAAAAGCUUUCUCUCAGAAAUCAUCCCUCGUUAUACAUCAGAGAGUUCAUUCUGGGGAAAAACCAUAUGAAUGUAGUGACUGUGGGAAAGCCUUCUCCCAGAAAUCACCUCUCAUUAUACAUCAGAGAAUACAUACUGGUGAAAAACCUUAUGAAUGUAAUCAGUGUGGGAAGGCGUUCUCCCAGAAGUCACAGCUGAUUAUACAUCAUAGAGCUCAUACUGGAGAGAAACCAUAUGAAUGUACUGAAUGUGGGAAAGCCUUCUGUGAGAAGUCCCACCUCAUUAUACAUAAAAGAAUUCACACUGGGGAGAAACCCUAUAGAUGCACUCAGUGUGAGGAAGCCUUCAGCAGAAAGUCAGAACUCAUUAUACAUCAGAUAAUUCAUACUGGGGAGAAACCUUAUGAAUGUACUGAAUGUGGGAAGACCUUCUCCCGGAAGUCACAGCUCAUCAUACAUCAGAGAACACAUACUGGAGAAAAACCAUAUAAAUGCAGUGAAUGUGGAAAAGCUUUCUGUCAGCAGUCACAUCUCAUUGGACAUCAGAGAAUUCACACAGGAGAAAAACCUUAUGUGUGCAGUGAAUGCGGGAAAGCCUUCUCUCAGAAGUCUCACCUCCCAGGGCAUCAGCGAAUUCAUACAGGAGAAAAACCUUACAUAUGUGCUGAAUGUGGAAAGGCCUUUUCCCAGAAGUCAGACCUUGUUGUACAUCGGAGAAUUCAUACUGGGGAGAAACCCUAUCAGUGUGCUAUGUGUGGGAAAGCCUUCAUCCAGAAGUCACAACUCACUGUACAUCAAAGAAUUCAUACAGUGGCAAAAUUGUAAGAAUGGACUUAGCACAGGAAAGUCUUCAGUAUCUGCUUAAGCCUUAAUAAAUAAAUAACACAAACUUACAGAUUUCAUGAGUUGGGGGCAUCUUUACUGGUAAAAUUUAAGAAAUGAAAUAAAGUUUCUAAUAUGUUUAUUUUUUUAUCAAAGAUAAUACAAACAUCUCAGUUAUAUAAAUAAUGGGUAUUUUCACUAUGGCACGUAAAUAAGACUUUUGAGAUUGUGAACUGAAUUAAUUACAAGUUCUAUAGUCUAUUUUGAAGUCACAUAUUUGUGAUUAUGUUACAUAAUAAGAAUUGGACCAGUAGUAAUAUUAUUAAUGUUAGCUUAGCAUAAUUAUGGCUGUGAAAUAAAUCCCCAUAGAGCACAUGAAGAAAACUUGAGUCAAAAGAUGCCACAACCUAGAAACUGUGCUUGAGGGAAGGAUUUGAUUGUUCCUCUAAAGGUACAUGUAAAAAUAUAUAUAUAUAUAUAUUCUUGUAGAUAGAUGGAUUGAUAAGAUCCAAUAAAUGUGGUCUUUU